AUGGGUAUUUCUUUGAAACGAAAGGUUGUGCUAAUCGAUAAUUACGAUUCCUUCACUUGGAAUUUGUAUGAAUACCUGUGCAGAGAGGGUGCUGAUGUCCAAGUUUUCCGAAAUGAUAAAAUAACGUUAGAAGAGGUGAUAGCUUUGAAACCAGAGAUUCUGUUCAUUUCACCUGGUCCAGGCCACCCGCAAACCGAUUCUGGUAUUUCUAGAGACUGCAUACGGCACUUUGCUGGUAAAAUUCCCGUCACCGGUGUCUGUAUGGGACAGCAAUGCAUGUUUGAAGUGUUUGGCGGGAGCGUGGCAUACGCUGGAGAAAUCGUGCAUGGAAAAACCUCCCAAAUCGAGCACGACAACAAAGGAAUUUUCAAAAACGUGCCACAAGGUGUUUCCGUGACGCGGUACCAUUCUUUGGCUGGUGAACACUCUACCCUUCCUGAUGAAUUGGAAGUUACUGCAAGAACCGAAUCGGGUGUCAUUAUGGGCGUCAGACACAAGACUUAUACUAUCGAAGGUGUUCAGUUCCAUCCAGAAUCGAUCUUGUCAGAAUCGGGUCGCACCAUGAUCAGAAAUAUCCUCAGCAUUCAAGGUGGGACCUGGGAAGAGCACGAAAAAGCUGCAAAACAAAAAGUGAACAAGAAUAGUUCGAUCCUGGACAAAAUUUAUGCUCAAAGACAAACGGACGUUGAGGAACUUUCUUCGGUUCCCGGCUUCACACAACGCGAUUUGCAACAAAAUUUCGAUUUGGGUAUAGCACCUGCUGUGCAAAACUUUUACGACAGACUCAUUGCUGGAACUCAGGGUGCUGCAGUAAUAGCUGAAAUAAAGAGGGCCUCACCCUCCAAAGGAGAUAUCGAUGUGAAUGCCAUAGCUGCAGAGCAAGCGGUCAAGUACGCAAGAGCCGGUGCAGCCGCAAUUUCGGUACUGACCGAACCUCAUUGGUUUAAAGGAAGUAUUCAAGACCUUGUUAAUGUAAGAAAGGUAUUGGAUAACGAAUUCAAGGGUAACGUGGCACAAAGGCCCUGUGUGCUCAGAAAGGAGUUCAUAUUCAGCAAGUAUCAAAUUUUGGAAGCCCGGUUAGCAGGUGCAGACGCAGUUCUGUUAAUUGUAAAAAUGCUGUCACAGCCCUUACUUCGCGAACUGUACGAGUACUCCAGAUCUGAAAUGGGGCUUGAACCGCUAGUGGAGGUAAGUUCUAAAGAAGAAAUGAAGAGGGCUAUAGAACUUGGAGCCAGAGUCAUUGGUGUCAACAACAGAGACUUGCACUCUUUCAACGUGGACCUAAACACGACUAGCUCGCUGGCCAGCUCAGUACCUGUCGGUACAAUUUUACUCGCCCUGUCCGGCAUCACUAGUGGAGCAGAUGCGAAAAACUACAAGAACGAAGGCGUGCGUGGCCUUCUAGUAGGGGAAGCCCUCAUGAGAGCAUCUGACGUUAACGUCCUAAUGGCAGAACUUCUCGCCUGA